AUGGUGAUUUCGUUUGCCCUUGCCCUCACGCUUCUUGUGGAUGUUGCCUCCGCUGCAACAUCUGGCAAAGCGACUUAUUACGGUGGAAACGUGGCCGGGAAUGCUUGUGGAUUCAACAGCAUGAACACGGGAUCCUUUCCCUAUGGAUUCGGUGCUGCCAUUGGUGGCAACAAUUUUGACAGUGGAUAUGGUUGCGGUAGCUGCUACCAAAUCAGGUGCAUUGGCCCCUAUGGCUCAAACCCCUCCUGUUUCUGUGAUCCAGACCACCCCACUGUUACCGUAUGGGCCAAUGAUCAAUGCCCCGAAUGUGGAGAUGAUCACAUUGACUUGAACACUGAGGCCAUGGAGUACAUUGUUGCCGAUGGAUUGGCUGGCACAUGUGGAGAGAUUGAAAUCGAGUUUGAGCAGGUCAAUUGUGACUUUGACGGCAACCUGGAGGUCCGAUCCAAGUCGGGCACAGGUCCCUACUGGUAUGGAUUGCACCUGGACAAUGUAGCUGGUUAUGGAGCCAUCAGCAGUGUUACCCUGGAGGAAGAAGGCAACUUACACAGCUGCGACAAAGCUGGCGGUCCUUCGUUCUGGCAGUGUUAUUUGGUGAAUACACCUGCAACGGUCCCUAUGGAUGUCACCUUGGUGGAUCAGGGAGGACGGUAUCUGACCUGCAGUGGUUGCAUUGACAACUUUAAUGGUGAUACUUCCUAUGAUUUUGGAAGCAACUAUGGAUCUGGAUUGCCCACUGGCAGCCUUCCAACUGGUCCGUCUUCUCCAGCAACUCCCACGAGAUCUCCCACGAGAAGCCCAACCAGAUUUCCCACGAGAAACCCAACGAGAGUCCCAACAAAGGCUCCAACUCCAACGGUUGCUGGCACUCCCACUAGAUCUCCCACGAGGAGCCCGACGAGAAACCCAACGAGAAACCCAACAAAGAGUCCAACAGCUGGUUCCACUCCAACAGCUGCCACUCCAACAGCGGCCACCCCAACAGUUCCAUCGUCACCUACCGAUUCAACCCCAACGUCUCCACCGAUUCCGAAUUGCUUUUCCGAGACAGCUACAGUCGACGUCUUGGACAAGGGAAAGGUUGCUCUCAAGGAUCUGCAGGUCAACGAUUGGGUGGCAACUGGCGCAGCCACUGAGUCGGAAGGAUGCCGUGCGGUUGGCCCUCGUGGGCACCAUCCAGUUGUCGAUCAUGCCAUUGAGCUGGUGCGUUGGGCAGAGCAACAAAAUGUAGGGUUGCAAUGGGCAGUGUUAGGCCUUUGUUUGGUGGUCAUGCUGGUGUUUACCCUUGUGGAAAAGGCGUGGCUAAACGCAACCGCCAGCAGUUUUGUGGUUACAAUGGCAGUGGCUGCUGCAACUCACUUCUACAGCCGAAAAAAGGGAAGUCAGGUGUAG